AUGCAAGAGGAAAUCGCUGCGCUCGAGACCAAUGAUGUGUGGCGCGUGAUGAAACACAGCCCAGAAGCGAACGCUCUUCACUCUAAGUGGGCAGAUAAGACCAAGCCGGGAGUCGACGGAGAGCUAAAGCGAUACAAGGCGAGGCUUGUCGCAUGCGGCAACAAGAAAGUCGUGCUGGCUCUUGUUGCGACGUGGGACGUGCCAACCAAGUACGGAGACAUCCCGAAAGCAUACUUGCUUGCCGAAAAGGAAGCUCACCUCGACAUCUUCUUGCAGGUGCCACGUGAAAUGAGCGUGUCAGAGAGGACUUUGCGCAAGACAGAGCUGCGCAUCAAGGCGAGGUCGUCUUGGUGCUGA